UCCAGAAACAGCUGUUGACUUCGACUGUUUCCUUCAGAUGAGAUUCGUAACGAUGGUGAUCAUAUUGUGGUUGUUCUUGUUCGGCAAAGUCUCUUCAAACAGCUGUAAUUGCAGUUCAAAAGCUGUCAAUUUGACCAUAUCAGAUACCUUAGAUGAACUCUUCAAGAGGCCUCGUUAUGAUUCAAGGAUACGCCCUAAUAUUCAUGGAUCUCCAGUUAAGAUCAAGAUGGGGUUUUGGGUGUUGUCUAUUGACUCUGUCAGUGUUAAGGAUAUGGCGUUUGGUCUUGAUAUCUUUCUUCGUCAAGACUGGAUUGAUAGACGACUUGAUCAUGGUCUAAACAAGACUCUUUCUCUUUCUCAUACGGUGAUGUCUAACGUCUGGUUGCCUGAUACAUACUUUAAAAACGCUAAACAGUCAAAUUUCCAUGAGGUUACAGCAAAAAACAUUAUGAUACGAAUAGGUCCACUAGGAUUCGUCCAUUAUAAUACCAGGAUAACUUUAAAGGCAGCCUGCAUCAUGGAUCUCAGGCUUUACCCUUUUGACGUUCAGAAAUGCUCAGUCUUAAUGGAAAGCUAUGGUUAUAGCAUUGAUCAUAUUAUUUAUGAAUGGGAAGCUAAGGACACCGAUGGAAUGAAGUUCGUACCAGGCGAUGCCAAAGUUUUACCACAAUUUCGACUAAUAGAUGUACAGCUAGAAACACUGUUUACUCAGUACGUCAUAGGUAACUGGUCUGGUGUAAAGGCAACAUUUACCUUUGAAAGAACCUAUAGUUUCUAUUUGAUACACAUCUAUGGUCCAAGUGCACUGAUUGUUGUAAUUUCGUGGAUUUCUUUCUUUCUUCCUUAUGAACAAGCGCCAGCAAGGAUCACGCUAGGUGUGACGUCACUUUUGACCGAAGUCACAAUACUCACAAUGUCAAACCAGGCCAUACCAAGAGUAAAUUACGUCAAGUCCAUCGACAAGUACCUAAUCACGUGUUUCUUGUUCGUUUUUGCAACUCUGGUUGAAUAUGCCAUUAUCCUGACUAUUGCUAACCGACAGAAACACCAUCGAAAAGCUAAGCAUACAGCGAAUAAGAAAGAAGACUUUCCCUUAAUACCUACUCAUGUGGAAAGUAGUGACCCCUUUUUUCAUCAUAUUAGCUCAGAAAAUGGUUCGGCAACAUACCAUCGUAAAAUUGACAGAUCUUCACUAGCAAUCGACGACAGCAAACAACCAAAAAAGAAAAAGAAUUCCAUACGACAUAAAAUGGCGUCAAGUCUUUAUCGAACUGAAAAUAUAAUCUUACUCGAUGAAUAUUCUCAAAAACUGUUUCUUGUUUUCUUCGCAUUAUUCAACUGUUACUAUUGGAUAUGUGUAUUCUAUUAUCCUAAUUUUAUAUGAGCUUGUACAUUAUAGACAGUCAAUACUGCUGUUUUAUCAGUAUUACAAUGGAUCACACGCCGAAGAAAAUUACGAUGAGCGUUCAUGGUAUACUAAUGUUACUAAUGAUACAGAUAUUGAAUAUACUAAUGAUACAGAUAUUGUAAUAAUUGCCGUGGGCGUGCGCGCAAGGUCUGGUUCAAGGGGUUCCGUAAUCCCCCUUCCUUGAAGUCUUUGGAUUUUGAGUCUUUAUAUUUGCCAAAUCGUGAUUAGGGUGACAUAUUCUCGUAAAUAGUCCAAAAGUUUAAUAGUCUGUGUUGUUGUGAAUAAAAAAYAAUACUCAGUGUUGGAAACGCAARACAAAGCUGUACCUUCCCCUCCUGAAACCUCUACGCACGCCAUUGAUUGCAUGUAUAAUACUGUUGUAAAUAAAACAAGAACUUGAGAAAAAUGUGUAACUGAAUAACAAAAAAUAAAGAACAGAGAUAAAAACUUC